GUAGUUUCAGCUUUCAUUGUUCUCACUCGGGGUGGUAUCAGGUGUACUUUGAACAGGCUUGUGUUUGGUUAAAACUAGCCUUGCGCAGGAUGGGAGGGGUGAAGUGAUAUGUUAGAACAGACAAGGUGAAGUCUCCUGUUGGGAUUCGUGCUCAGGCAGAGAGCGGGCUUGUAUGGAAUCCUCAGCUCUGACUCUGGACUACAAACUAAAAACUGUCUGGAAAUAGUGGAGUUGAUCUUUCCCCAAAGUAGGGAUGGAGACGAAGCGCGAGGCUACAAAAAUCCUUGUGAAGGGUCCCGAAUAUCUUCGAAAGCAUAUGGAACGGGAGAACGAGACAAAAGGACGCGUGAGUGCUGUAGAAAGGCUCGCUGCCAGCAAACCCAGUUACGUCAAAAGCCAGCAAGUGGUCAACUCAACGCAGGAGCCGAUUAUCAGUAUUGGCUCAGCUUCUGUGAGUAGCAAUGAGUCUUCAAACCGAAGCUUGAACCGUUGUGCAAAUCCUGUCUUAGGAAGUAGCUCAUCUGAGCAUAAAGGUGUUGCGCAACCUUGCCUAUUAGGGAAAGGGAAUCGGCUCAGUUACAGAAAACGACAAGACUCACUUCUACUUUACAGACAAAAAUGUGAAUUACUCCAAGGGUCAGGAAAUGACCAGAAACAUCUUAUGACUCAUAAGUUGCUGCUCAGUUCUGUAAAGAAAGGUGUCCCAUUAUGUGAAGUCACUGACAAGGAAUGUAAGACUGAAGGACCGCCGGAAAAAAUUACCACACCUGGGGCGACAGCAAAGGAAUGUGGCCUCCGUGUAGAUGUUUCUGAGCCAGACAAAAGGUCAAAUGGCACGUCAGAGGAAUGUAGCAACCCAAGCAGUUAUACUGGGACGACUGGAGGUUUCCUUGCAGUUCCUGAAAUUGAGAGAAGGUCUGGAAACAGGGUUGGCCGGUCCCACUCCGACAUCAGCUCCAGGUACUCCAAGAACUUUGCCGAUUUCGAUGCGUUUUUCAAGUUCUGCGGCCUGGACGGAGAGGUGAUCGAGUCUCUGGGGAGGGAGAACUUCUCGGCUCGCUCGGACGAGAUCGCUAUAAACAUUCGGAGUGUCAGCAUCUCCACGUCAGACGACGGUUUCUCCAAGGGCAGCGGUGACAGUGACGGGCUGCUCGAGGAUGAGUUGCUUAAAAAAACACAUCAAGGAACAUCGGUCAUUGAGCGCAAUGCUCGUAUAAUCAAAUGGCUGUACAGCUGCAAAAAUGCUGCAGAGACGGGAAAAAAGCUGCGAGAACUGGACUGA